UUGAUCAAGAGAGGAAGUUUUGAAGAAGAGAGGAAGCACUUUGUUGAAGAGAGGAAGCAUCUUGAUCAAGAGAGGAAGUACUUUGUUGAAGAGAGGAAGCAUCUUGAUCAAGAGAGGAAGUACUUUGAAGAAGAGAGGAAGCACCUUGAUCAAGAGAGGAAGCACCUUGAUCAAGAGAGGAAGUACUUUGAAGAAGAGAGGAAGCACUUUGUUGAAGAGAGGAAGCACUUUGAUUUAGAGAGGAAGCUGCAUGAUGUAGUGAGGAAGCUGCAUGAUGAAGAGAGGAAGCUGCAUGAUGGAGUGAGGAAGCAUCUUGAUCAAGAGAGGAAGUACUUUGAAGAAGAGAGGAAUCACUUUGUUGAAGAGAGGAAGCAUCUUGAUGAAGAGAGGAAGCAUCUUGAUGAAGAGAGGAAGCACCUUGAUCAAGAGAGGAAGUACUUUGUUGAAGAGAGGAAGCAUCUUGAUGAAGAGAGGAAGCACCUUGAUCAAGAGAGGAAGCACUUUGAAGAAGAGAGGAAGCUGCAUGAUGGAGUGAGGAAGCAUCUUGAUCAAGAGAGGAAGUACUUUGAAGAAGAGAGGAAGCACUUUGAUUUAGAGAGGAAGCUGCAUGAUCAAGAGAGGAAGCUGCAUGAUGGAGUGAGGAAGCAUCUUGAUGAAGAGAGGAAGUACUUUGAAGAAGAGAGGAAUCACUUUGUUGAAGAGAGAAAGCAUCUUGAUGAAGAGAGGAAGCAUCUUGAUCAAGAGAGGAAGCAUCUUGAUCAAGAGAGGAAGCACCUUGAUGAAGAGAGGAAGCUGCAUGAUGGAUGCAUGAUGGAGUGA